UUGGUUUGUCCCAGUUACAAACGUAAAGAGCAAGAAAUCGCUACAUUGGGUUAUCCCACUUACAAACGUACAGAGCAAGAAAUCGCUACAUUGGGUUGUCCCACUUACAAACGUACAGAGCAAGAAAUCGCUACAUUGGGUUAUCCCACUUACAAACGUACAGAGCAAGAAAUCGCUACAUUGGGUUAUCCCACUUACAAACGUACAGAGAAAGAAAUCGCUACAUUGGGUUAUCCCACUUACAAACGUACAGAGCAAGAAAUCGCUACAUUGGGUUAUCCCACUUACAAACGUACAGAGCAAGAAAUCGCUACAUUGGGUUAUCCCACUUACAAACGUACAGAGGAAGAAAUCGCUACAUUGGGUUAUCCCACUUACAAACGUACAGAGAUAGAAAUCGCUACAUUGGGUUAUUCCAGUUACAAACGUACAGAGCAAGAAAUCGCUACAUUGGGUUAUCCCACUUACAAACGUACAGAGUAA